AUGGAAAAAGAUUUACAAAAAAAUCAUUUUGGUUGUUUUUCACAAUGGAUUAGAAUAGAUAGAACAAUUUCAAUCAACAGAUUAAAUCAUUGGAUCCUAUUAGUGCCCAAUGCAGAAGAACAUAAUUAUUCCCAUUUAUCAAUAAAUUUAACAUCAACAACAGUUACAAUUAAAUCUCUUUCAGAAUCAUCGACAAAUGAUGAUAUGAAAUUGAAAAUUCCACAAAUUGAUGCAUUAAGUAAACAAUUACCUAAACAUCCUGUACAAUUUACAGUUGAAGAUUUAUGUGCUCAUCUUAAAUCAAUUAUAUAUAAAAUUAUUGCUGGUGAAGAUUCACAUUCAUUUCGAUAA